AUGGCUCCACACAAGCACAGCUCCUCGGCCGGAGGCCACCCGGUGACCUCUUCUGGCGGCGGGACGAGGGCAAACGGACUGCACCCUGCUUCUUCGUCUUCAUCCGAAGCCAAGAAGCCCAACAUGCAGCUCAUCCAAGCCGACCACGAGUUGUUCCUUCAGGCCUUCGAGAAACCUACCCAAAUCUACCGCUUUCUGCGCACCAGAAACUUGAUAGCCCCCAUAUUCUUACACAGGAGUCUCACCUAUAUGUCGCACAGGAACUCAAGGAAGAACACAAAGAGGAAAAGCUCCAAAGUGGAUAACUUGCUCUUCCAAGUGGAAAAGAUGCGAGAUGAAAGGGAGACAUGUGGCUUGGCAUCCAAUCUUCAGCUCACCUUCACUGGCUUCUUCCACAAAUCGGGGCAACCCUCUCAAGACUCUGAGAACGAGCAGGCGACUGUGUGUUUGGAAGUACUCCUAGUCAAAGUUUGUCACAAGAAGAGGAAGGUGAGAGUCUUAAAGGGAUCCACAAAUAGAAAGACGGUGGUCCCUUCCCUGCAGGAUGUAAGCUGUCCGGUGAAGCAGGUUCCGGCAGGGAAGAAACAGGUUCCUCUCAACCCAGACUUGAAUUCCACCGCCGGCAGUUCGGUGCAUUCUGGAAGCUUUCCAAGUCUGCUGCUGCCGAGCAGCGAAUUCCAAGCCAGCAACUCGCACAUGGUCAAGUCCUACUCGCUGCUUUUCCGAGUGUCCCGACCAGGAUACGAACACGUGCCGACGUUUAACGGCGAAGUGCUGGACAGGAAGAGGCGGAGCUCCCCCCUCAAGGAGGACGGACAAAACACACUGGUGGCUCAGAUGACAGUCUUUGAUAAAAACAGACGCCUGCAGCUGCUUGAUGGCGACUACGAAGUUUCGAUGCAAGACGCGACACAGCAAAGCCUUCUCAACAACGUGACUGCCACGUGGGAAACCAUACUGGACACUAAGCACUUACCUCCUUUAGAGACCUUUAGCGACGGCCCGACUCUUCACUUCGCUCUCCGUUGGACCGACAACACGCGGGACGGUUCUACGGCGCCCGUGGCCAAACCUCUGGCUACACGCAACUCGGACACCAACCAAGAGAGCAAAGGUGCCAACGCGCCAAAAAACCCAGCGCAAGCUGUAAAAGAUAGCAUCAACGCUGACAAAGUCCACACAAGAACCAGAGAACACGUCCCGGCGGAACCUCGACCCAAACUACGCAUCUUCUACCAAUUCCAGUACAACAACAACAGUCGUCAGCAGACGGAGGCUCGAGAUGACCUUCACUGUCCUUGGUGCACUCUGAACUGUAGGAAGCUAUACAGUCUGCUCAAGCAUCUCAAACUGUCGCACUCGCGUUUCGUCUUCAACUACAUGCCUCACCCCAAAGGAGCCACUAUCCAGGUGUCCAUCAACAAGAGCUACGACGGCUCGUACACGGGGAACCCUCAGGACGUCCACGGCCAGCCAGGCUUCGCCUUCAGCCGCAACGGGCCUGUCAAGAGGGCCGCCGUCACGCACAUCCUGGUCUGCAGGCCCAAGCGCAGCAAGCCGAGCUUGUCCGAAUUCCUGGAGUGCGAGGACGGCGAGCGCGAGCGUCCCAACUCGUACGUGAGCGGACACAACAGACUAUACUUCCGCAGCGACAGCUGCGUGCCCCGUCCGCCGCAGGAGAUGGAUGUAGACAGCGAGGACGAGAGGGACCCCGAUUGGCUGAAGGAGAAGACUGUCAAGCAAAUUGAAGAUUUCACCGACGUGAACGAGGGCGAGAAGGAGAUCAUGAAGCUCUGGAACCUACACGUCAUGAAGCACGGCUUCAUCGCCGAUCACCAAAUGAACGAAGCGUGCCUGCUCUUCACUGAGCUGCACUGUGAUCACCUUGUCCGCAAGAAUCUGCGCCGCAACUUCCUGCUGCACCUGGUCAGCAUGCACGAUUUCAACCUGGUCACCACCAGAACCAUUGACCUGGCGAUGGCUAGACUACAGGCCGCCGCCCACGGGGAUGAACAACCGCAACAAGAAGACGACGACGACGAAUGGGAGACGGCUGUGGAGUCUCUAACCGAGACGGAACUCGACCUGCUACAGCAUCAGGACACCAGCAUUGGGCAGCAGAGUCAGACCACUGUUUUUAACUGA